AUGGCAAAGAGUGACUCAGUCUACAAUGAGGAGUAUGAUAGAGCCAACAGAGGGAAUGACCAGCAGACAAGGAAAGAUAUCAAGUCUUUGCAAGACAAGUUGGACUUGCAAAGACCUCACUACAACAAUCAGCAAGGAGGACACCAGGCCACGCAAAGCUACCCUCCUGGUUUCAGCAACCAAAGUAAUCAGUCUACUCAAGCUCAAGGCAGUUCUUCUCAAGCUGCAUCUUCAGAUUCAAGUGUGGAUUCUAUGUUCAAGAAACUCUUGGAAUUUCAAGCCAGAAAUGAGAAGACAAUGGUUUAUGAGUUCAAGAACAUCCACACAAAGAUUGAUGGGAACUACUCUGACCUCAACAACAAGUUCUUACAACUUGCAUCUCGCUUCAACACUUUGGAGAGUCAGGUAGAUGAGAUUGAGAAGCUAGUGUUUGGGACUGAGCUUGGAAAAAUUGAGAAAUUGGUUGUAGCAACAGCUGAAGCACAUAUGGUGGAUAAAGCUAUGGAAAGGGUUCAGGUACAAGCUGAAAGGAAGGUUGAAGCAACGAAUCUGUUGAGAGUUGAGCCUAGUGCUGAGAAAUCAGUUGAGAGGAGAGCUGACCAGAAGCUGAACGAGGUGAAGAAAGACGACACUGAGAUUGAGCUGUCACCAUAUGACAAGCUCCCUUUCCCACAAAGGGUUCUCACCAAAGCUCAGAAGAAGGUGCUCUCCAAGUUCAGGAAAGAUCUUAGUGAUGUUGGGGUCAGGCUCCCAGAAAUCUCCGGUAUGCGUGAAGCUCAUGUCCAAAUGAUGCUCAUCAAGGACAUUCUAGACCACCAAGCAGAAGUGGCCGAGCUUUUGGACAUCUCCAUUUUGAAGAUUGAUCCACCAGUCCCUCCACAGUCCCUCCCUAAGCUAGAGUCUCAAGGGAAGUUCACAUUGUCUUGCUCCCUUGGUAAGAUCACUAUGAAUGAUGCUUUGGUUGAUUCUGGUGCAAGUGUGAAUGUGAUCUCAUUGGAAAUGGUGAAAAGUCUUGGUAUUGAAGGCAUGGAGCCAAACACAUCUUCUCUCAUGUUUGGUGAUUCAUCUUCUACAACCCCUAUUGGCAUCAUCAAGGAUUACCCUUUGAAGAUUGGAGCAUGCACCAUUCCUAUAGACCUCACUGUCCUGAAGAUGGCAACUGAGAAGAGAGUUCCUUUGAUCCUUGGCACUCCAUUUCUCACAACAGUUGGAGCAUGUAUUGAUUUCCCAAACAAGAAGGUCACACUCCUCAACGUGAACAAGACUGUCUCUUACCCAAUCCAAUCUCCAAUGGAUGUUGGGUAUUGUGGAACAAUCACUUGUGAAGAACCAUCCAUUGAAAAGAUCCAAGCUAAAGUGGAUGUUCCUGAGAAAGAAGAUCUUGUUGGAGAGUCCUCUAAAAAGUUGUGUGUUGAGCAUUUGAAAAGUGCUACAAGGGAGGAGGUGAGUAGAGCCACAAAGGCUGCUCAUGACAUGAAGAAGAUAGUGAAAGAAUCUCAUCCUCCACCUCUUGAUAAGACUCCUCACACUCUCACUCUCCACCCAAUGAAGCUCAAGGAUGGAGUCAUUGAGUACAAGAUCAAGUGCAAGGGAAGGUCUAAGCCAUUCUCAAGUGCAAAGGCCAUCAUCACUCCUCAGCUUCAAAACGACCCCAUCAAGCUCCAAGAGCUCCUCUCUCAGGUCCUCACCAUCACUCUUGAAGAAGUUUCAGGCCAGCUCAAAGCUCAAGCUCUAGACACCCAUUACCACACUUCACUCUCCACUUGA